AUGGGGGGAGGAAUCCGCAGAAAAUCCCCUCCGCACCGCUGCCGCCGACAGCCGCUCCCGACUCCGCCGCCCACCGGCCCGAACCCGGCCCCCCGCCGCUCCCCGCGGAGCCCCCGCCCGUCCCCAUGCAGCCGCCGCGCUACGUCGGUGCCGGAGCCCUCGGUGCCGGCGGCUGCGCUCCUGGUACAGCCCGCCCGCCAGCCCGCCGCCCCGGGGGGCGGCCCCGACGGCGCGGCCCGCACUCACCUCCUGCCCGCGGGGACGCGCCGGGGCCGGGGCCGGGCGGGGGCCGCGGAGCCGCCAGGCCCGUCUCAGCCGGGCCGGCGGCGUGGCAGGAAGGACCGGGCGGUCAUCGCGGCCCGGCCGCGGCCGCCUGCAGAGGGCACUGCCGGUCCCGGAGCCGAGCCCCGCCGGCGGCGGGCGCGCUGUCCCCGCGCGGGUACCGACCCGCCUGGGUACACGGAGGGGGGUCUUUGGUGCCGCUGGCACCGUUUAUUGGGGUUACAAAUACCAGGCGCAGCCCGGGCACCCCCGCAAGCCGCGCUCGCCCGGGGCGGGCCGCGCUGCCACGGCGGCUGGAGGGGCCCGGGGACCCGCCGGCCCGGGGACCUGCCGCGGGAGACCCUGCACCGGCGCCAGCGCCCGUCUGAGGCCGGCCACGAGCUCAGCUCCCGCUCGACACCUCUGGUGCUCGCCUGCCCCAGCACCCGCCCCAGCACCCGCCCCACACCCAUCCAGCUGUGCUCACCUGCCUCACACUCACUCCAGCUGUGCUCACCUGCCUCACCCAUCCAGCUGUUCUCACCUGCCCCAGCACCUGCCCCUCACUUGUCCAGCUGUUCUAACCUGCCCCACACUCCAGCUGUGCUCAUCUGCCCCAUAUUCCAGCUGUGCUCACUGGCUCCACAUCCCCAGCUGUGCCAGCUCACUCCAGUUCCCCCCAUGCCUGCCAUGACCCCAAGGCCCACAGCCCCCCUCCCCGCCCCCACUCUGGGGCUCUGA